GAUGGGUGGGCGGUAUAUCGAUAAGGCCGCCAUAGAUUCUAUACAACUUCAAAUAAAACUGUAUGUUGGAAAUUUUCUGUUUUAUUUUCAUCGGAAUUUUUUAACAAACAACACAACGAGAAACACUUUUUAAAAUCGAAUGGAGUCCACUGCAGAAACCCCAUUAAUUGAUGGCGUUGCCGCGGCGUCGCAAGACGAAAAUAAAGACGCCACCAAUGUACACAUGAAUUUUGAUGCGGCUGGCACACCGGUGGCCCUAAAAACCCGCGGCGCCCUUCGACAUAGGAUGGAGACCACCGCAGAAAAGGUAUCGCCCUCGAAGGCUGGUAGGAACACCGAACCACCGCCUAAGAUCCUGGGCACUCCUAGUUCGCGCUUGGCGCUUAGCAGUGAGACGCCAAGGCGCAGUUGCCGCAAAAGUGUGCGACCAGCAAUAGAUUACGAUGACAUUGUCCGAUCAGCCAAAAAGUUGAUUCCCGAGGAGCAUCCUAAUGAUGAGGAUGAUGAUGAGAGCACGGCCCAAAAGUGGAAUUUAGCUGAAGUUGGUCGCAGCAACUCGCGCAAACGCAACCGUAAGUCGAAACGGUCAGCUAAAAAUAAACAAAAAACGGGCGAUUUGGACACUGGAAUGCCAAAGGAUGCUGGAAAAGAGGAGGAAUUAGAAAAAAAAGAGGAAAAGAAAGAGGAUGACGAAGUGGACGAGAAGCUGGAGAUCCUUGAGGAAAACGAAGAGAAGUCGGAGAUCCUUGAGGAAAACAAAGAGAAGUCGGAGAUCCUUGAGGAAAACAACGAGAAGUUGGAGAUCCUUGAGGAAAACAAAGAGAAGUCGGACAUCCUUGAGGAAAACAAAGAGAAACCGGAGCUCCAAGUGGAAACUGAGGUUGUUUCCGUAAGCAUUCCUGAAGAUAUUGAUCAAAUAGGUGAGACCCCACUUAGCCAGGUAUGCAGUGAUGAACCUGAAAGCGAAACCACCAAGCCAAUAUGCGGCACAAUUCAAUCGUCAUGUAAAGUAAGCGAUGAGGAUAUAGAUGAACUGGGCCUAUGUCCACUCAGUCAAGAAAGCAAUAUUGAUCCAACCGAAGGUAUUAACCAAAAUGAUGAAGCAAAGGAUGCAGACGGACUUGGUCCUUGCUCAAUGGAAAUUGAAACUGAGGUCUUGAAAGAAGUCGACGAGCAUAACCCAAAGUUUGAAGAAGACUUGGAAGACAUGCCUUCGCUCAUCAUGAUUGAUGACGAAGAAUCGGUAGCGGCAGAAAAUGGACAACUUAAUACAACUUUCGAUGCGGAUGAUAUAAGAAAGGAUGAAAGUGUGAUCCUUGUUGAAGGAUCUCCCCUACAGAAGCCGUCGAUUAAAGUGGUGCUCACAACAGAAGACAACACAAGUGAAACUCUCUUGAACACGGAAAAUUCUUCACCCAUGCUUCAGCACUUAAGCAAAAAGGGAUCUAAAGGAUUUCGUUUCCCAACGCCGUUUAAAGGCAAGGCAUCCUUUAAAUUCUCUGAUGAACAUAAAACUCCGUUUGAUAACGAUUUAUUUAAGAAGUGUUCGAGCGAGAUGCUUGAUUUAAAGGAACCGAAGCAUGAGCGACGCCGUUCGAAGUCUGCAAGCCACGUAAAUGAUGUUCUAUCCAAGACGGUUUCUUUUCAAAGCCCCAUUGAGAUUGCCAGUGUGACUGACAUAGACAAGCGCUGGGAGGUACUGAACAAGAAGAAUAUCACAAGCCGCCGCAAGCGAUCGAAGUCUUUGGAAGAGAACCCCUCUAAACUAAGCCGAAUUCCCAAGCCCAAAAUAGUUGCGAUCGGCAAAGUGGUGACACCCAGCAAGGUAAAACGUGCAAAACUACCCAAUUUUGCGGCUAUUCACGAAAAACAGUUCUCCAAGAUGGAAAGCCUUGUGGACCACGUCGAACGAAAAGCGGAGCGCGCCAAAGUUCUCACAAACUCUGCUCUAAAACUAGCAUCGGGAACCAAGAAACAUCAAGCCACUUCCUUAAAGGAAGAUUAUGCCGUCCGUCCAAAGGCCCUUAAGAAAAUUGAACUUUCCGCUAAAACUGUCGCUCCGCUUGAGGCUUCAAAGGAAAAGGCACUUCCUUCACGCUUGCCUCUGAAAAACGCCGCCAAUGGGCCGUCUAGGCCCGCGUUUAAUUUGUCCACCUCAGUUGGGUCAUCGUUUAAUACAACCUUGAGUAGCAGGCCGGCGCUGGAUAAGCUGGCUGAAAGGAAACAGAGGCACAUGGAAAUGUUUAAGGGCAGGACCACGGAUAAAAAUAAAAGGGGAGACUUGAUUAAGGGUGUGCGUUCUAACCGCCGUUUUGAACUGCAAAUGCAGCAUCGUCGCCACAUCACAGAGGAAUAGAAUUGUAUCUUUAUUCGUUUUUAUAAUUAAAUAUGUAUGUAAUUAUCUCAUAUCGUUUUUCAGAUCUUUGCAGUUUUAUUUGCAAAAAAAUGUUUCUCUCCUUUUUGGAUCAAAUAAAUUUGUUUUUUAUAUUCUCUUCUA